AUCACCUAGUCACUUAAUUUGCGUAGGGCAACUACAGAGUAGAGCAUUGCCGACUCCCUCCAUCAUUCUAACCCCCAUACUCUUUCUUUCUCACCGAGUUGGUUAUGCUAACGUCACCGAUGAUGAGCGGGCGGUGGUGGAGAAGGGCGUUGAUGGUUGCAGCCACUUUGGCGGACUGGACAGUAAGGGUUGAGGCCGCCUCCAGAGAUCAAUGGCUCGGUCGCUCCGUCUACCAAAUUGUUACCGAUCGCUUUGCUCGAACCGACAACUCAACCACCGCCGCUUGUGAUGCAGCACAAGGCAAUUACUGUGGGGGCUCGUUCCGCGGCAUCAUCAACAAGCUCGAUUAUAUCCAGGAACUCGGCUUCGAUGCAAUCUGGAUCUCUCCGGCACAAAGCCAAAUAUCAGAACGAACCGCAGAUCUUUCAGCAUACCAUGGCUACUGGCCCAACGACCUCUAUUCCAUCAACUCCCACUUCGGUACCUCCAAUGACCUCAAAGCUUUAUCCUCGGCCUUGCACAGGCGUGGGAUGUACUUGAUGCUGGAUGUCGUGGUCGGGGAUAUGGCCUGGGCGGGGAAUUCCACCACGGUCGACUACAGCACGUUCAACCCUUUCAACGAUCGGAAAUAUUUCCACGACUACAAACUACUCUCUUCGGACCCCACAAAUGACACUUGUGUUUUGGAUUGCUGGAUGGGAGACAAUAUUGUCUCGCUCCCAGAUCUGCGAAAUGAGGACGAGCAGGUUCAGCGCAUGCUGGGCACUUGGGUCUCGGAGCUGGUCUCAAACUACUCUGUCGAUGGGCUGCGUAUCGACAGCGUCUUGAACAUUGACCCCGACUUUUUCUCGAGCUUCAACAAAUCCGCGGGAGUUUUCCUUUUUGGCGAAGGUGCGACAAAGACUGCAGCAGACAUUUGUCCACUGCAGUCUGAUCUAAACGGACUGCUGAAUUAUCCGUUGUAUUAUAUCCUCACCAACGCCUUCAAUACGACACAUGGCGACCUGAGCGCCAUUUUCCAGUCUAUUGACUACACCAAGUCACUGUGCACGGACGUUCUGGCCCUGGGAACGUUCACAUCGAAUCAGGAUGUCCCUCGCUUUGGCUCGUAUACUUCGGACAUAUCCCUUGCUCGCAAUAUUCUCACCAUCAGCAUGCUGGCAGACGGUAUACCCAUUCUCCGAAGUACUAAGCGAGUCAACGCAGUCUAUUACGGUGAAGAGCAGCACCUAUCGGGGGCAUUUAACCCGGUGAAUCGUGAGGCUCUCUGGCGCACGAACUACUCGAUGGAUUCGACCUCCCUCCCGUCGCUCGUCCAAUCGCUGAACCGCAUUCGAUCAUAUGCCAGCGGGGAUGGCAAACAGUACACGCUCAAGUCGCAGGCUGGGCGUGACUAUCUCUCGUACCUGUCCUUGCCGAUCUACAACUCGACCAACAUUCUGGCCAUCCGCAAGGGCUUCGCUGGCAAUCAGGUUGUGAGCGUCGUAUCUAACCUGGGAGCCAAGCCCGCCACCAAAGCCACCACCAAAUUCACCCUGGGCGCCGACGGCACGGGUUUCCAAUCCCGACAGAACGUGACGGAGAUCCUUUCUUGCAAAACAUUUGUCACCGAUGCCAGCGGCAAUCUCACGGUUGACCUCAGCUCGGAUGGCGGUCCUCGGGUGUACUAUCCCACUGACAGCCUGAAGAAGAGCAGCAAUAUCUGUAAGGAUGAAUCCUCAACCGGAACCUCGAGUAGCUCGUCAGCCUCGUCAGCAAGCCCCUCGUCCUCCACCGGGGCUCAGUCUUCCUUAUUCGGUCUGUCGAGGGAGAUAAGGACGAUGCUGGUGACGGCAGCCAUGGCCACCUCUUACUUAGUCAUCUAAUCCUGUCAACUGCCCCUCCUUCAUCAUUCCCUCCUUUGAUUCUUUUUCCCCUUUCUUUCUUUUUUUUCUUUUUUUCUUCUUCUUUGUCGAUUUGCCGUGUUGGUCUUAUUAUUAGAUGGUCGAGAUUCUGCCUUCACGAAGACAGACUACAUUUGAGUUUGCUGCUAUAAUACAAUAAUUCACUACGCUAUAAGACAUUAAUUCAAGUCUGGGCGCAGUUUUCUGUUUCUCAUUGCUUUGUCAAUUUGGACCUCGUCGUCCGUAGCAGCGAUAGUUUUUGCAGUGUGUGGCUCUGCAACGCAUCCACGCUUGUUGAGAGUCCUUAAGCAUGUCCUUCAACAGCAUGCCUCUAUUUCACACGCAAC